AUGGGGCGGCUGAAGCUGGGCUCCUACCGCUGUGAAAUAACUUGUGUUGUAAACCUGCCAUGCACGAGGAAGCAGAGAGACCAGAGAUAUGUCCCAAACGGACCCAUUUCACAGAAUUCCUCCUUUGUAAAGCGCCCGUCGAUGCUGCAACUGGAAUCUGCCCGAGUCCGGAUGGUUUCAUGCUUCAGGAGAAGUGGACGCAAGGGUGCAGUUGCAGAAGAAAAGAGCAAUAUAGGGCUUUGCCUUUGUAAGCUUUCUGGUGAGGAGAAGAGUCCAUUAAUUUUCCUUGAGGGCUCCUCAGUACUAUAUGGCUGCUCAGAGGAAAAUUCCUGUAAACUUGUAUCUGAUGACUCUUUCUUUACUCAAGUUAUGACAUCAGAAAGCAACGCUGACUUCCAACAAAUUCUCAUAAGCAUGGAUGGCAAGAAUGAAACCUCUCAGCAAAUGCGUAGUAGUAAGGAGUCAAAUGCAGCAGCAAACAAAUCGAAUGAUGUUCCAGAAGCAUUGCAAGAGGUCAGUGGGGACGGAGCAGCCGAAAAUAUAAUGGAGAGAAUAAAAAUGGCAGAGAAAAAGAAGGACAAACAAAGUAAUGAUGUAGACAGAACAAGCCGUAAACGGAAAUCAGAAAACAAUGAAAAACUAGCUGUGACACAAGAAGAAACAACAUUAGAGACUGGCAAUCAGUUAAUCCCGACACCUCUGUCUCAUAUUCCUCUGAAAAGCCUAACGGACAUAGAAAUGGAGUUGGUCUACACUGAUGAGGAGGACAUUCCCUUCGAGUUUGCUGGGCCUGUGGUGCCUACAAGCACACAAUCAGCCUGCCGGGAUUCUGAAAAAGCAAAGGCUCUGAGCGCACUUAAUGGCAGCGCUUUGCCCCAGAUUAACAAACAGCUUCAGAUGACCCUCCGGGAAGCCAGCGCUUGCUACAGGCAGAAGAACUACGCAGCAGCAGCGGAGCGGUUCUCAACAGCACUGGAGCUUUGCAGUAAAGGUGUUGCUAUAGAGAAACCCUUUGAGUCAUCUCCAGAAGAUAUUUCCAGUAUCGCCAGUUUUAUUGAGACAAAGCUUGUAACCUGCUACUUAAAACUGAUGAAGCCUGAUGAUGCUCUGAAUCAUUCACACAGGAGCAUUAUUCUGAACCCAGCUUAUUUCCGGAACCACCUGCGCCAAGCUGCUGUGUUUAGGUGUUUAGAGAGAUACUCUGAAGCUGCAAG